AUGGUCCUGUACAGCUUCUACAUAUUUGAUCGGCACACCGAGUGCAUCUACUCGCGCCGCUGGACACCCGCCCGCCCAACCUCGUCGUCGUCCAAAUCCGCCGCGCGCCCGCAAUCCGGUGCCUCCAUCGCAAGCAAUGGCGACGUGGUCGCUGCCGUCCGCAAGGGCAUGUCGCAUUCGGACGACGAGAAGCUAGUCUUUGGUCUGGUCUUCUCCCUGCGUAACCUCGUUACCAAGCUGGGUGGCGCCGACGACACGUUCCUGAGCUAUCGCACCGGCGAGUACAAGCUCCAUUACUACGAGACGCCUACGCGCAUGAAGUUUGUCAUGCUCACGGAUACAAAGGUUAUCAACCUAAGACAAUACCUGCAUCAGAUCUGGGCAAAUCUCUAUGUGGAGUAUGUGGUCAAGAAUCCGCUUGCGCCCGUGGAGCAUCCGGGCGGUAUUGGCGUUGCGAAUGAGCUGUUCGAGAGAGGGUUGGAGGCUUUCAUUACAGCCGUCUUGCCUGUAUGA